UCCUCUUUAUUCAAAAUCUCUCUCUCUCUCAAAGAGAAAGAGUCCCUAAGUGCAGUUUACCUCUGUUGCAGUGUCACGUGUUCAUUUUUCUUUCGUUUGUCUACGUGUUUGUUUUGUUUUUACUUAAUAUCGUUAAGUGGUUGGAUUUAGGGGCCUUUGUUUCUGUUCCUCUCUCUUCGCUCUCCGUCUCUCUGCUGCUGCUCGUGGUUUGUUUACAUCAGUUCAGUAUCUCCGACGCAAGGGCUUCUGGGCCAUGUGUCUGCCAUAGUCGCGGUGCAUUGUGGGAAGGUUGUGGUCCUCCAGCGGCUCUGUUCGGUAUAAUGUCUGCCUCGGAGGCAGCGGACGGUUCUUCCCCGGAGUUAUGCCCGAGCUUCGCCGUGAUCUGCUCGUUUGUGGAGCGGUAUGGAGCUCUGCUGGACCUGCCGGAGCUGUCGUUCCCGGAGCUGGAGCGCAGUCUGCAGGAGAGCAGCGCGGUACCCAAACUCCUCGUGGAUCUUCAUGUGAAGUUACUAAGGAAAAUUGGCAAGUCUGUGUCGGCAGACAGAUGGGAGAAAAAUCUCAUUAAGAUCUGUCAGGAGUUUAACACCACAUGGGCAUGGGAGCUGGAAAAGAAGGGUUAUCGAGAGAUGACAGUGGAGUGUAAGACAGGAAUAUUGAAGUACUUGUGUGAAUGCCAGUUUGAUGACAAUAUCAAGUUUAAAACCGCUAUCAAUGAAGAGGACCCAGAUAAAAUGCGUCUUCAGCCAAUUGGCAGAGACAAAGACGGCCUCAUGUACUGGUUCCAGCUUGAUCAAGACAAUAAUGUAAGGGUCUAUGUGGAAGAACAGGAUGAUCUGGAUGGGUCAUCCUGGAAGUGUAUAGUAAGAAAUAGAGACGACCUGGCUCAAAUCCUUGGACUGUUGAAGACUCAGAUUGAUCCAGCACUUUUAGUAAAGAAGGAUCAGGAGGAGGGCUCAUCUAGUAACAGUCCGAACCCAGAGAAUGAAGAAGACAGGAAAAAAGAGGGAGCUGAAGUGGAGAUCAGAGAUGAGAAGUCACAAAAUGAUUUAUCUGCAUCGGAAAAUAAGGAAAACAUCUUGGAGAAGGAAAAUGCAAAGCAAGAAAAUGCAGAGACCACAGAUGCUUUGUCGGAAAAAGGUUUAAAGGUGAAGGAAGAGCCGCAGAAACAUUUGGAGAUGGAAAACGGCACUACUGGAUCAAUCAAAGAAGAGCCACAGGAUGAGGAUGAGAAAGUCAAGGACUUGUCAACAUCUUCAAAGAAUGCAGCAGAGGAUGUAAAAAGAAAAUCUUUAGAAGAGACUCAAAGAGCUUUGAAAAAUGACCAUCAAGCUAAAAUCCCCCUGAAAAAGCGGGAAAUGAAACUAAGGGAAGACUUUGACACCAGCAGCAUGGGAGUACGAAAUGUUCCUGUGAAAGAAUCACUGACAUGCUUUGAUGACAGCAGAAUGAAUGCCGAAAAGAUCAACGGUCAUGCUGACAACAUCCCUCACCUUACAACAUCUGAGAGUGAAACACAAAAAGGGCCAGAGAGUCUUCAAAAAGAAAGCACGGAAGAGAAUAAUUCUGAGAAACUCCCUCUUGUUUUAGAUAAAUCCAAAGAGAGAAAAAAGGAGAGAAAGGAUGACCAGACGGAAGAGAAGAUGGACACAAAUGAAACCAGAUUGUGUGUUGAAGAGCAGAUGGAAGUGGAGAAAUCUGAGGAAUCCUGUGCCGCCACUGCAGAAGAGAACAAGGAAAAAUCUGAAACUUCUCAAUCUCAUGAAAAGAUCCCUGGAGAAGAAAAGCCCUCAUCAGUAAUUAAACAAUCAGAAAAGUCACCUGGUUCUGAAGAAGUAACUGACAAUAAAAAGUCUCCCAGUAGUGAUGAUAGAGAUGCAACUGAAGUAAAUACGUCAACACUGCCUGGAGAGUCAACAAAAGAAUCAUCAAUGAAAGAUCUUUCCCUAAAAGAUGAGCCAACAAAAGAUCUGGCAAAAUGUCAGUCAACGAAACAUCUCUCAAAAGAAGAGACAUCCACUGAAAAGUCAACUAAAGACUUCUCAAAAGAAGCAGUGAAAGAGUCAUCAAAAGAUCUCGCAAAAGAAGAGUCCAUAAAAGAUCUUCCAAAACAUGAGCCAGCAAAAGAAGAGUCAAUUAAAGAUCUCUCGAAAGUAGAGACAUCAAAAGAAGAGUCAGUGAAAAAUCUUCCAAAUGAACAAUUCAAGAAAGAUCUCGCAGAAGAAGAGUCACACAAAGUCCCCACAGAAGAAAUUCAGCAAUCUCCUAAAGACCAUAAAAAAACAGAUCCAGCUGCUUCCUCGCUGAUGGAAACUGAACCAUUCCAAUCAUCUAAAACAGAGGAGUCUUCCUGUGAAGUAAUCAAACCACUUUCUGGCACAGAAAAGCCAGUGAACACUGAAGAAACGAAACCUCCUCACAGCUCUGUAGACACUACCACAGAAAAAGAGCCAACUGCCAAUGUCUCAAAAACUGAAAAUCAGUGUAUAUCUGAAGGAGACAAGCUCUCAACCAAUGGAGAAAGUGAGUCCAUUACCUCUAAACCUUCUGAAGAUACAGGUGGUCCUCAAGACAAAAUGCAAGAGCAGUCCGACUCCCCUAAGCCAGUAUCAAGUGACCUUGAAAAAUCAUCUGUUUCUGAUUCAACGAAUAAGCCAAGCACACCAAAAACCACAGAGAAAAUAGACCGUGAGGAAAAAUGUGAUACAGCUGAAACUGAUAAAAAUGAGGAUUUGGAAAUGUCAAAAGACAAGGAUGGAAAGGGUGAAGCUGCAAUCAGCUCGGAAGAAGUUAAAGCUACAGAACGACCCGAUGAAUCCAACAGUUCAGAGAAUCCUCCUUCUGAUAGAGAACAUGAAAAGGAACCCGAUUCAAAGGAAGGGAACAAAGAGAAGCCAAUGGAAGUUGAUUCAGAGAUCAGUAAAGCUGAUAAAAUUCAGUCGGUUAUUGAGGAGGGACGUGAGACUACAACAGCAAGUAAGAAGGAAACUGAUGUUCCUGUGGAUCAAAACACAACUUCAAGCAAACAAUCUAAGCAAAACGCAACUUCUGAAGAACGUGAGGCUUCCGAGGAUGUUCAAGAAAAAAGCACUGCUGCUGUGAAAAGCAGUAAAAGACCAGGACGGCUUCCAAAGAAAGCUCUGGAGAAUCAGGAUGAGGAUAAAACAGGCGAAGAACAAGAAGAAAAGGCACAACAGGAAGGAAUUCGCAUGAAGAUCAAAAUCCCAGCUCACAGGAGGAAGGCAGAACUUCAGAGAGAAGAGGUGAGGGGAGAUUCAGAGUCUGAGGUGACUGACGGAAGGUGCUUGCGGAGAUCUCCGAGAAUCUCCAGACCCACCGCUAAAGCUGUGGAGAUCCAGGACAGGAGAGCGGAGCGGAAGCAGGUGACUCCGGUGUCUGAGAAAGAAAAGGAGGAAAACGAAGACAAAGAGGAUGAGGAUCCUGUACCAAGGAAACCAAGGAAUGCUGAGCCAGAUGGCCAAACAAAACCAAAGCAGGUGGGGAGACGUCGGAAACGACAACCAUGGUCUCGCAUGAGACGUAAAAGGAAAAGUUCUGACGAUGACGAUGAUGACGAGGAGAGUGAGAGUGAGGAAGAGGAGACGGAGGAGGACGACAGCGAUGAAGACUUUAAGGUGGAGAAGACCAGGAAAAGAAGGAGAAACCGAAACCGAGAGCGAAACAGCUCUGACGACUCUACCUCCUCAUCAGAAAAUGAUGAACCCAAUGACGACCCCUGCAAACACUGUGGCCUUCCCAACCAUCCCGAGCUGAUACUCCUGUGUGAUUCCUGUGACAGCGGUUACCACACUGCCUGUCUGCGGCCUCCGCUCAUGAUCAUUCCAGACGGGGAAUGGUUCUGCCCCCCCUGCCAGCAUAAGCAACUUUGCGACAGGCUCGAAGAGCAAUUGCAGAAUUUGGAUGCCGCCCUCAAAAAGAAAGAACGUGCAGAGCGAAGGAAAGAGCGAUUGGUGUAUGUUGGCAUCAGUGUAGAGAACAUCAUCACACCCUCCGUGGAAGUGGAGGAAAAAAAAGUGGAGGUGGUGAAAGAGAAGAAGGAUGUGAAGAAGAGCAAAGGUUGGGGACGGAGAUCAACCAGGGCAAAGAAAUACAUAAGCUACAGAUUUGAUGAGUUUGAUGAAGCGAUCGAAGAGGCAAUCGAGGAAGACAUUAAAGAGGCAGAAGGUGGAGGAGCAGGCCGGGGGAAGGACAUGGCGAACAUCACAGGCCACAGAGAGAAGGAGAUAUCCACCAUCGUACAGGAAGAUGGGAAGGAGAACGGGCGGCCGCGGCGAAUCAGUGCAGCUCAGAAGAAGAAGCGGCGGCGUCUCAAUGAUCUAGACACUGACAGCACCGUGGACGAGGAAGAGAGUGAAGACGAGUUCCGUCUCAGCGACAGCAGUUCAGAGUGUGAGGAGUUUGUGGCCUCUGAUAAUGAUGCGGAGAGUGAAGCAGAAGUCCCUUCCUAUGAGGAUAGUGACUUCGGGAGCGAUGUUGUCCGCCCGCGGAGAAGACAGCUGCCACGCAGAAGACGCAGACCGAGAGGAUACUCUGAUGAGGAGGAGCUGGAAACUGAUGAAGAGGAGGAAGAGGAGGAGAUGGCGACAGAAGGCUCUAGUGAAUUCAGUGCCAGUGAUCUGGACGUCCGCUGUCGGCGGUCCUAUCGGAGUCGUAAGCAGGAGGUGAAUUACUGUGAAAACUCAGAUUCUGACGGCUCACAGGCCAGCACCAACAAAGACAAAAAGAAGAAACGCAGACGUCUUUCCAGCUCUGACAGCGAAGUUAGUUUCCAGUCAGCCGAAUCUGAUGAAGAAGACCGGAAGCCCAAGAAGAUAAGAGCGGACUCAUCCGAGGAAGAAUCCAGGAAACGUCGAAGACGCCUGUCCCUUAAACGCCGGAGGGAGUCAGAGGAUGACGAUGAUGAUGAUGAUUCAGAUGAAUCCGAGGAAGAGGAGCGGCCCAUCCGGAAGCGUGUGAACCGCAUCGACUCUGAUGACAGCGAGAGUGAAGAGGAGGUGAAGAAGAGCCCGUCGGAGAAAGAGACAGAGGAGACUGUUGGCAAAGGGCCCAGUCCACUGGACUACACCUUGGUGGAGCUUCCUCCAACUAACGGACAGAGCCCAAUGAAGGGUUUGGAGGGUCUCAUGCCACGACCCGGGGCAGGAGUGACGGCUAAAAACAGCAACGCCCCCUCAGCAGUAUCCAUAGCGCCGAAUGGCAUGGAGAUUGCAGCGCCGGACGAAGAUGAAGACGACCUUUUGGGCGUCACAGACCUUGUAGACUAUGUAUGCAACAGUGAACAGUUAUAACUUGGUAUUCUUCCUUUUUUUCCGACCCUCAUCCUAUUUUCACCACGGAUCACGUCAGCUGUCCCUGUUAAAUGUGCCAGGUGGCACAUGAAUAAUAGCUGUAAAUAUUUUACUGAGCAAAAGUAUCAAGGGAAGGAGACUGCAACCCUUCUAAGAGACUCCCCGAGAUAUUCCUUCUGAAGUAUUGUUUUUGUUCGAUAAGGGCAGUCGCUCUCAAACAAACCCUCUCUGGAAACAACCUCUAAAACCUCUUUUUACACUAAUCACACAGCCAUGCUCACACGUCUUGACAUAGACAUUUGUCGAGUUUACAUGUGUUUUGAUCUCCACUGCUGUCAGUUGCACAUGAAGUGGGUGGAGUCCGUGCAGAGGGGGCGGAGCCUUCAUUUCAGUGAGGUUCCAUGCAACGCUAAAUAUCGUUAGCGUUCGUUUCCACUCCGAGGCCAUUUUUAACAUUCUUUUAUAAUCGAAUUGGAGUGGAAGUUGAAUUUCUACCGAUUGGUUUCAUAGUGUCAUUUGGUGGGGGAAAAAGAAAUGUUUUUAUUAAGUGAUGUCAUUAUAAGCUUUGUUUUGUUAUACUAUUUAUUAUAGAAUUUGUACCUGAAAUUAUCAGCUGCUCGCACCAAUAGAGCAAAAGAUUCCUGGAAGGUGUCGAAUGGUGAAAAAUUGCUCAUUUACUUAUGCCAACAUACUAACAUUGCAUCCAGUUCUCUUGCUUCGGGCUGUUUUAGCACCACAUUUUGAUUUGAAUUCAAACACUAUUUACUCUGGCAGCUUUUCAAUGCGUCAAAUGCCAAAUCUCCCACUCGAGGAUGAUAAAAUGCUGAGGACUCUCACCCACAUCGAUGCGCAGUUUGUUUUUCUGAGGGAUUCCUUGAAGUUUAGUGCUUUUCAUCUCAUUUUAGUGCAGGUAUUCCAUCUAAGGGAUUCUUCCUUUGCCCAUCGUGUCCUGCUUAUGUCUGUGUUUCAAUGCACUAUAUUCAUUUUCUUUAUAUAAAUAUAUGAAUAUAAUCAUUGUAACGUUUUGCUUUAGUUUUGAAAGCAUACUAAUGAUGUGUAUGAUUUGUUUGUUCUUCAUCAAUUACAAAGCAAUACAUUUUUCUUACAAGACAUGCAGGAAGAGAUUCAUCAUCUCCUGGUUUUGUCUGUUUUUAAAGACCGAAAUUCACGUUGCUGGUGACAUUUGAAUGAUUUCGACCUCUCCGAGAGCAGCGUGAUGUGAGAUGCCCCUCUGAGAUGUAAGAACACGUUUGAGAAAUAUUGUAUGAUCUUGCAUUAUCCUGGUGUGUAUAUCUGUAGUUUUCUGCUGUAACAUAUUAGAAGCAUUUUUAAAUCAUUUAAAGUAUACAUGGCAGUCCUUUUAUGAUUGCAGCUGUUUAUAAUUUGUUUUGUAGGUACAUUUGUACCACUCCAAAGUGGGCACGUCUGUCUCAUUUUCAUGCGUUUAUUUCGGUUUUGUCUUCUUUGAGGGUUUUCAGUCUCUCUGUCCUAUUUCCACUGAUUGCUAAAACAUUUCCAAGAAUGGUCUGUUCUUAGAGGAAAAAGCAUUUGAUGUAAAACCCAACAGACAGUUAAAUUGGUGUAAAAAUGUCUUGUACAUUGUUUAUGCUUGGCAUGCACAUAUAUUUUAGUCUGAUUUAUUGGCUCUUGCGGCAUUAGGGCAUCAGAUUUUGAGAAUAAAACUUCUCUGAUUUUUUUACAAAUACAGUUUUAGACAUGCUAAGACCAAGAGCAUCAUUAGGUACUAGACCACAAUGCAUUUCUCCCGAGGUGGUCUAUUAACAGUAUUGGGCUGGUUUUCAAUUCUUGUGUAAUUUAAAAAUCAAAGGUACAGACAUCCAUUUGAAAUCAAGGCCCAGCCUAUAAUGACACAGUAUAUAUUUGUAUUUCAUAUAAAAAUGUUUAAUUUGAUAUUCAUGUCAUGAGGGAUGCCGACUCCAGUGUUUAAGAUAUCUGGCUGAUGUAGUUUGACAGCAGAUGGACAGAUGCUGUCUGGUUUUAGCUUGUAGAAAUGUCCUUUGUGUUCGUCUGUUCCUUUUUUGGAUGUUUUUGUUAACUGUAUUGUAAUUUCUUUCAUAUGAUUUACUAUCUUGUACAUUUGUCAUAAUAAAAAGAAAUGAAACCUGUA